AUAGGUUCUGUUGACAUUCUCAGGAAGAAGUGGAAGGCUUUGCGCGAUAUUUACCGACGUGAAUUGCAGAAAAUCCCAGAAGCACGGUCUGGAGACGCCGCGGACGGAGACCAAAAUUAUUCGACCUGGGCCCACUUUAAAAGCAUGGCAUUCGUGCGUGACCAAAUGCGGCCAAGGAAAAUGAGUGGCAAUCUACAAUCGGGAAAUUCGGUGAACCAACAAGAGCCUGAGGAAAACGAAGAAAAUGAGUGCGCGUACGAAGAGGAGCACCUUGACGAAAGUGCGGAAGAUACGUUCGAGGUUCCAAAUCCGCCUCCUGCCGAAUCAGGCAGUCCAGUUGGGCCAAGCCCCCCCCCAAAGAAAAGAGAAUGUCCAAAGACAACAAUGUGGCACGGCUGAUUGACAU